AUGGCGUGGCUGUUUGGCGAGGAUGCGAUGGCACUGCCUCUCACUCCACCGCUCGAUCCAGCCGAUGCGGUAGCGUGGGGCGACGGGCUUGUUCCCGAGCAGAUCUCUUCGAUCACCAACGAGUCCGUGUGCAUUACGUACUAUCGCGACGCGGCGAAAGCGCCAUCACUGUAUGUGGACGACGCACGGACGGCGCAAGAUGCACGGACGGCGCAAGACAUGCAGGCGGCGCAGUCGGCGGCGGAGCGCGUCGCAUACACCGUGUCUCUGGUGCUCGAUAUGAGGUACGGGUGUGGCGGAAAGAUUUGGCCGGCGGCAAACGUGCUUGGCGCGUACAUUGCGUCUAUGCCCGCGAGAAGCGCGUGCGGCGCGGCGAUGGAGACGCAUCCAUGGCGCGGCAAGACGGUCGUGGAGCUUGGAAGUGGGACUGGACUGCUUGGUUUUUUUGUCGCAAAGAUUGGAUGCCUGUGCGAGACGUGGAUCACCGACCAGGAACCGAUGCUGCCGCUCAUGGAGCAGAAUAAGCGGCGCAAUGCGGACACCAUGCUCGAUCCGUGCCACAUCGCGGAGCUUGAUUGGGGUGCGCCGCUGCGGUGUGUCCCGGAAAAGCCGGACGUGCUUCUCCUUGCAGACUGUGUCUACCGCGAGGAAGCGUUCCAGCCGCUGGUCGAUACAAUGCAUGCGAUGGCGACGCCGGCGACAGAGAUUUUGUUAUGCUACCACAAACGCCGCAAAGCGGACAAGCGCUUCUUUGCGCUGCUCAAGCGGCACUUCUCCUACAGCCAUGUGGAAGACGACGAUCUGGAGCGGCGUCGCGUGUACAACCGCAAUGGCACGUUUCUGUACAAAGUGACGCUGCUAGGACAAGGGGCGUUGUAG